GUUGAUCUCCUGAUAACGCCAUUCAUGGCCAAAGUCUCUGCCGAUCCGUAACACCUUGUUCAAGUGAUUUCUUGAUGUCUCUGUGGAGCCAUUGAGCCUUGUACCUUACUGGAGGCUGCAGAAUUGUCUGCAUACGGACAUCUCCCCAGCUUUGGAAGGGGGACUGAGGUCCAGGAUGAACAUGCCAGCUAAUGGGAAAUCACCACAGAGGUUCCCUGCACAGAUUCCAGGAGAACUUGGAAGACCAUUUGAGGGGUCCGUGUCAUUCGAGGAUGUGGCUGUGGAUUUCACCCGACAAGAGUGGCACAGACUGGACCCUGCUCAGAGGACCAUGCACAAGGAUGUGAUGCUGGAGACCUACAGCAACCUGGCAUCCGUGGGCCUCUGCGUGGCCAAACCAGAGAUGAUCUUCAAAUUGGAGCGAGGAGAAGAACUGUGGAUAUUAGAGGAGGAAUCUUCAGAUCAUGGUUACUCAGGAUCUCUCUCGCUACUGUGUGGCAACAGCUCUGUUGGGGCUAAUGCCCUCAGGCUGGAUAACAGCCUGCUUCAGCAUCAGAGUCUUCACAGUUUGAAUCAAAACGUUGAAUAUAAUGGAUGUGGGAAAGGCUUCCACCAGGAAACCGGCUUCCUUCAACAGAAAAGAACACACACUGGAGAUAAAAGCUUUGAAUGUCACGAAUGUGGGAAGGCAUACUGCAGGAAAUCAAACCUGGUUGAACAUCUGCGAAUACACACAGGGGAAAAACCUUAUGAAUGUGGCGACUGUGCCAAAACCUUCAGUGCCAGAUCAUACCUCAUUGCCCAUCAGAAAACUCACACAGGGGAGAAGCCUUUCGAAUGCCCUGAAUGUGGGAAAUCUUUUGGCCGGAAGUCACAACUCAUUUUACACAGGAGAACCCACACAGGAGAGAGACCCUAUGAAUGUACAGAAUGUGGGAAAACCUUUUCCGAGAAGGCAACUCUCACCAUCCACCAGAGGACCCACACGGGGGAGAAACCCUACAAGUGUAGUGAAUGUGGGAAACCAUUUCGUGUCAAGAUAGCCCUCACCCAGCACCAGAGAACUCACACGGGGGAGAAACCCUAUGAAUGUGGGGAAUGCGGGAAAAAUUUCAGGGCAAAGAAAUCCUUAAAUCAACAUCAGAGCAUUCACACAGGGGAGAAACCUUAUGAAUGUGCAGAAUGUGGGAAGUUCUUCCGAAUGAAGAUGACUCUCAAUAAUCAUCAGAGGAUCCACACGGGUGAGAAACCCUAUCAGUGCAAUGAAUGUGGGAAAGCUUUCAGUGUGCACUCCUCUCUUGGGGUCCAUCAGAGAAUUCACACGGGAGAGAAGCCUUACCAAUGCAACAAAUGUGGUUAUGCCUUCUACGUGAAAGCACGUCUCAUCGAGCAUCAGCGAAGGCAUUCAGGAGAGAAACCCUAUGAAUGCACUGAGUGUGGGAAGAUCUUUAGCAUGAGGAAGUCCCUUCGCCAGCACCGGAGAACGCACACAGGAGAGAAACCGUAUGAAUGCAGCGAGUGUGGAAAUGCCUUCUAUGUGAAAGCCCGUCUCAUUGAGCAUCAGCGAAUUCACACGGGGGAGAGACCCUUUGAAUGUCAAGAGUGUGGGAAGGCUUUCUGCCGGAAGGCACACCUCACAGAACACCGGAGAAUUCACUUAGGCCGGCCCUUGCCAUGUGCAAUAGAAAAAGCCCCUCCCUAAAGACCCUCCCCACCCCUGGAUCAAGCCCCUUGGGGCAUCUGAUUACCAGAGCACUCAGAAUACCCCUAUCAUGGUGUGGCACCUAGCUUGGUGGAAAGCUAGUUCCUGACCCCCUUAGGGGGCAGCUCCUUGUUAUUUUCAUUUGUAUUUCCCCAGUUGGUGGUGAAGCUGAAUAUGUUAUCCGUUUGGCCCUUCAGGUUUUUCCUUCCAUGUAUUGACUGUUCACACUCUUUCCUCAUUGAUUAUUUGGUACUGAGAAUUGAACCCAUGGGCACUUUACCACUGA